AUGGACAGUGAUGUCCGAUGGAAGUUUCUGCGGCAGGCGGACGAUUCGGUGGCGGAGGAAGGCCACGGGGGGAACUUCGGCAACUACAUGCGGCACAAGAACGCGAAACUCCGCCAGCAGUUCCAUGAAAAUAACGCCGGCCGCAGCGGGGGUGUGGGGAGCAAUCUUUUCAGUGGGGUCACCAUCCACGUGAACGGCUUCACGGUGCCCUCCCAUCAGGAACUCAAACAACUGAUGGCCAUUCAUGGCGGGGGCUUCGAAAAUUACUACAGCAGGUCCCGGGUCACACACAUUGUGUGCAGCAACUUGCCUGACACAAAGAUCAAGCAAUUCAGGUUGCAGAGGGACCCUGUUCCAUUUGUGAGACCAGAGUGGAUCACUUCUUCCAUCAAUGCAGGGACUGUUCUUCCAAUAACUGAUUUUCGGCUAGAGCGGCUUGACGAUCCACGCCAAAGACUGUUGAAGAACUUCAGUGUUCACCAUGCCCCCACAUUGCAGGCUAAUGAAGUGUAUCCUGUCUUGAAAAGGCAGCAGCCAUGCCAGCAGCACAGGCAACCUGUGGAACCUUGCAUCCAUAUUCAUGGUGUGCCAGGGCAUGACACCUGCAGGGAAUCGCAUCCUUGUGCUGAGGAUGAGCAUCAUGGAUGUUUGCAUCCUGAUGCAAGGAUGGAGCCAAUAGAUCGCAGUCUGACUCCUGUGCAGCGCGAUGAGGUGCCAGUUUCUGCACCAGCGCCACAAGCAGGAUGGGGAACAAUUGGAGGAUGUGCAGACACGUUUCACGAUUCACGGGAGGUGAAUCCUGGACAAGAGUUGGGCCAAGGCUUGGACUUGGGAGAAGGAGUGAAUGAUGGUGUGAUCCUGGAGGGUGCUGAAUUGCUUGCUAUCCCAGGGAACGAUGCAACGAAACCUGCAGCCACAAGCGACACAAACAUGGAAAAUGAGCAGGGACUGGGGACGCAAGCCAGUUCUGACACCCAUGACCUUGAUGACCAGGAGGAGGAGCACAUGUCGGAUUUCCCUUCCGCAGGGCCAUGUUUGCAGUUGCCCAGUGAGAGUAAGGCAUGCCUAGAGCCUGGAAACGAUUCCAGCUUGCAGCGGGCGCAGGAGAUUGCAGCAGCCAAGCGUGCUGCCUGUGAUCUCCUAAAGGGCCCUGUGCAAUCGUCAAGAGCUGGACCCCAGUUCAUGGAAACGUUCUUCAACUCGUCACGGCUGCAUUUCAUAGGGACCUGGCGAAACAGAAUAGAGACACUGGCUGCUCAGCUUGUGAGCACAGCGCCGAUGCCUUCAAAGGGCAAAUCAAAACGUGAAGGUGGGUCUCCAGAAAGGUCGAUAAUUCACCUGGAUAUGGACUGUUUUUUUGCAUCAGCUGCUGCUGUGGGCAACCCAGAAUUGCAAGGGAAACCAUUGGCCGUGUGCCACUCCAACAGCUCAAAAGGCACAGCAGAGGUGUCAGCUGCAAACUAUGAGGCACGUGCAUUUGGGAUACAAGCUGGCACGUUCAUUGCAAAGGCCAAAGAGCUUUGUCCAGAGCUCAUCGUUGUGCCAUACGAAUUUGAGAAGUAUCAGAGCAUCUCAGAGAAGGUGUACCGACUCUGCCUGCAACACACAGCCUGUGUGCAGCCCAUCUCCUGUGACGAGGCUUACCUGGAUAUCACGGGCCUAGGAGACCCUGAAGACAUCGCCCAAAGGCUUCGGGCAUCCAUCGAACUCGAGACUGGCUGCAGAGCAAGUUCCGGAAUAGGACCCAAUCUGUUGCUGGCGCGUUUGGCCACCAAGUUAGCAAAACCUAAUGGACAGCUCAGGGUUGCACAAAAGGAUGCGAUGCAGUUCCUGGCUGGAAAGUCUGUCUCCGACAUCCCAGGUGUUGGCUGGUCCCUUCAGAAGCGGCUGGCAGCUAUGGGUGUUGAGGAAAUCUGCCAGGUUUGGUCCUUGUCCAAACCUGUUUUGCAGCAGAAGCUUGGACAGAAAACUGGCAGCAUGGUGUGGGAUUAUGCACAUGGCAUCGAUCCUAGAGAAGUCACCCCACCCCAGGGUCGCAAGUCCAUCGGUGCUGAAUGCAGCUGGGGCAUACGUUUCUCAGAUUUCAGUGCUGCAGAGACUUUCCUCAAACAGAUGGCGCGGGAGGUUAGCGAUCGUCUCAAGCAAGCAGGUGUUCGUGGGCGCUGCAUAACCCUCAAGAUGAAACGGCGUCGUGUUGGGGCACCUGAACCUGGAAAGUUUCUUGGCCAUGGCAUUUGUGACAAUCUGAGCCGGAGCCUCACAGCUGGCGACUUCUUCGAUGAGCAUCAAGAUAUUUUUGAACGCGCUCUCACACUGCUGAAGGCACUGCGAGUGCCACCGCAAGAGAUCCGGGGCAUUGGCAUAACGCUGUCGAAGCUGGACACCGACGCGUCAUCAAUUCAUGCCCGCCCAUCAGCACCUGCUCCCUCAAAGGCAGAAGCCCCAAUGCCCAAUUACGCCUUUGAUACCAAGAAGCCACACCCUUGGAUGAAAUUCGACGUUCAGGCGAGGAAGGAAGCCAACGGACGAAGGUCAGUGCCAACCGUGGAUAGUCCUGAAUCCAAGACUUGUGGGGCAUCAAAAAGUGAAGCUAAAGGCGAGAUGAAAGGAGGGCAUCCAGCGGUGCAUGGUCCUAUUCCAGAAAACGUCUAUGAUGUGUGUAAGCUAUGGAAACUGAGGGCGUCCAUUGAAGACAGUUUGGGAUGUGCAGCGAGCGAUGCAGCUCAUGAAGGUCUCAGGGAAAAUGGCACUGCCGUUGAUCCUGUUGCAGUUGACGUAGAAACUGGUUGCGACUCUGACCAUGGGGCUUCGCAGCAGGCGAAUAUCGGAGCGGAGAAUUCUGGGCGGGCUGCUUCAGCAGCACAGGUGAACCAGGGUGAUGGAGAAGCAAAUGUGCGCCCAGCAGAAGCAAACUGGGGCCGUUGCACAGGAUCCCGGGAUGUGUGUGACAUGACAAGCGGCGACAAACCAGCCGAUUUGGUGGGCAGCGGUAGCAAGGGAUGUGGCGCUGAGCGCACCAAUCUCACCGCCAGCAGUGGUGGCGUAAACGCACUGCCCCCGGCAUCCCAGCUGGACGAGGCUGUGUUGGACGCGCUUCCCCUAGUAGUUAAACGGGAGAUUGAGAAUGCAUACACAGUCAGCCGUGCUGGUCGCAGCCCUGUGAGGAGGAAGCGGGGACGGGGCAGGAGGGGCAGAGGAACGGGGGGUCUGCAAAGGAACAAAGCGCCCAAAAAAAUGCGACUGGACGAGGGCAUAUGGAACAAGCUGAUCAACGAGGAUCGAAAGUGCGGGUUGACGAAGACGGGGAGCAUGACGCUCACUCAGGUGGAUCCGAUUAUUUUGGCAGAGCUGCCGGCGACUCUUCGGCAGGAGGUUGUGGAAGGCCUGCCAAAGACGCGCAACGGGUUCCUGGUGGAGGGGAAUGCUCGAGUGCCGCCCUUCUGUGAUGCCUCCAAUGGCGCUGCUGAUGGUGCGGAGGCAACGGCAGCACGUGCGCCGGGCAGCGCAUGCAAGUUAAAUUCGUGCACCACUGAUGCGGAGGAUGAGACAUCACUGAGCACGCGAAUCCCCUUAAGCGGUGAACGUGGUGUUGGUGUGGAUGAAGUGAAGUCAUUGUUGGAAGGGUUUGCCGCAUUUGAACGCGAACAACCUUCAGCCACCACAGUGACCACACAAGGCUCUUCUCCCUGCACAACCCCACUGGGUGAACGUCUCGAGAAAUUUGUUGCCCACGUUGCGGAGUGGCUGUCCCAACAUGACCCUUGGGACGAGGUGCUCUUGGAAUGUCUGAACUUGUUCAAGAAGACUGGGAAUAAAUUUUGGCGACUGAGGCCCGCCUGCCAUCAGAUGAUUGACAUGGUGCAGAGUCGCAUUGAGAGGCUGCAUGGCUUCAAGCUGAAUCUUCGAUCCGUCCUCGAUGAUUGA